GUUCAUACAUGUGAUUUUUGCAAGCUGAGGUGGACAGACAGAUAGAACCACCACAGGAUUAAUGCGUAAUGGCGCACAUAUCUAUAUCUACUUCGAAACCAGCAGGGACUCUUCUGUUUUGGGUCUGUCUGUGUCUAAUGGUCUCAACACUGCAGACCCUGGUACCAAACGAACAGAAACAAACUGUGAGACAGACUACAUCAACCAUGCCGACAGAAGUACAAACCACUGCAUACACCAGAGCAGAUCCUGGCUAUGGAGAUGGAGGAACAUUUGGCUGUGGUAACAAGAGCAUCUGUGACACAUACUGUUCAUUUUGUGAGAACAAUUUCUUGAGAACUCAAUGCUAUGGUUUUCUGGUGCAAUUGUGUCAAUAUAAUUUUGAUGCUGCUAUGGGGUUCAUGAACAGUACCGACUGGUGUUCGUUGGAAAAAGUAAAAAGUGCAUACAACAAUUUCACUGUGUGUACUGAGACUGUUGCUGACUGUCUGCUGCUUCCCUGGCCGAAUCAGUUGGUUGAACAUACAUUUGUGAAAAUCCACACCACCUAUUUUCAAGAAUGUCCCUCAGAGGCACUGAGAGACCCCCCUCCCAGCAUCAUCCUUGCCCUGGUCAUGACCCCCAUAUGCCUAAUCCCUGUUAUGGUGGUCCUAGUAGUUCUCAAGACUAAAAAUGGAGACAGGAGGUCCUAGAUGUCCAGGUGCAAGAAUAUUUUAUGCUUAUUCCUUCUUCUGCUCUGUUUGUUCUUCAUCCGAGAUGGUAUCCCACCCCGGGAUAAUGUCCUGACUCAACGCUCCCCAGUGAAUGUGCACCUGGCCGUCUCCAAGACUGACUAAACCAGGAUGGAGGAUGAGCAUUUGUUCUGGGGGUGAUGUCUGACUGGAAAAUGUUACUGUACUUCAGUGAAAUAAUUGUUGGUUAGAAAUGUAUAUUUAUCAUUAACAUACAGCUAAUGUGCAUUACAGAUAUUUCACAGCAUUAUUAUCUCCAAAUUGCACAUAUACAUUUUGUUGUCUUCAGGAUGUAAAUACAUAAUCCAAUGAAAUGUGAAAUGGCAAUGGAAAAAAGAUUCAAUCAAAAAGAUUCAAAACAACAAUGCAGAACCACAAACUCAUUUGAUUGUCCACUUUAUGCACUGUAAGAAAUCUUUAACCCAUGUUUUAAUGUAGAUUUUUGAUGUUAGUUAAGUGACAAGAGCUGUUUAGCUGACUAUUAGAAUGAUGUCUUUGUGAUUUCAUUUCUAUUUUGACACGUCAUAAAUAUUGACUUUUUAAAUUUAUUAUGACAGCUAUUUAGGAAUUAAGCAUUUAGGAAUCAAUCUGAAUGCAUGACAAAACAAAGCCGACUGAAAGCCACCCACUUCAAUAGGCAGCUUACUAAAUAACUGUUAAUUUAUGUACGUUAAUGACAUGCAGGUGUCUCUGAAAAGUAAACAUUUAAGAGGGAAGGGAAUGUCAGAAAAUGGAGAUUUAUAUAGAUUGUAAUGCCCACUUUGCAUUGUUAAUUUUAAUUUGACUGUGCCCCUCAAACAGAACUGCAUUGUAAUUUGCUUAUAAUAUAAUUACUGUAUCAAUGUAGUCACAUGAAAGAGACUGGCAUUAGUUUGUGUUUUAUAAUUAUUUCCAUAAUUGAUUAUGAAGGAUGAGUCUUAUAUUGAGACAAAACAUUUUCAAACCUAUGUCUGCAUGAAUAUAUCAUAUUUUGUUGUGUCUCUUAACAUAGAAAAGGUAGCUACAUGUUACUUGCUUGUCUGUGACAGAGCUCAAAUAUUCAAGCUCAAAAUUCCCCUCACACUUCAGACAGAAGGGUGGAUGUUGGAGUCUUAAGAGCAGAAAAUGCUGGAAUAGUGAGUGAAAAAGCUGAUUGUCUAACAUGUUCCAGUGAACUCUAUUAAAGUCAAUUAAAAGUACAAGAUCUUAUUUGUUUAUAGCAUGAAAUACUGAAAUUCUGAUUAAAUCACUGCCGGGAAAAAAACAGCUUAAACCAUCCUAAACUGGUUUAAUAUGGUCUCCCAGGCAGCCUUGCCAGCAAUACAAAACCUUAAACUUAAACUAGUUUAAGAUGUGUUUUUAUACUGCUUACUGCCUUAACUGUACAACAUUUUGUAGAUGUGAGUCUCUUCCACUGUAAAACACACACUCAAAGUCUUCAAUGAAACAUUGUGUUUGUGGGGACUCGGUUUGGCAGGGUGUGGUGGGAACGAGAGUAACCACCCCCCUCCUUUGUCUCGUUCUUCGGCUCUCCUCCGGCUCAGGUCAGGCCUUCCAUAGGCCCAGCCCUCCUCCAGCAGCUCAUCCAAUCCGGCGUCAGUCUCACAGGUCCCGCGGGAGAGGACACACCUCACAUCUUAACCAUUCAGCCAUUCACAGCUGGCCAGAUGCUGCAGGCCUUCAUUACUGCCAGAUCUCACUGUCAGAUCCCCGGCACUGAUCCAAAACACAGAUGCACAUCUGUACCUUCCCCUGGCCAGCGACUUGUGCAAUUAAGAGCUUACAGUUGCAUUGUACAACACUACUCACGAGCUUCUGACAGACCCGUUUUAUUCCUUUAAAACUAUUACACACGGAAUUCACAUUACGGAUAGGUUACAUUAGCCUAUAUAAAAACUUGAUUUGAAUGCGUUUCCAAGUACAAUUUUCAAUAAAAUUUGAAUGUCCUGGCUUGAAGUUAUGGACACUAUUUUGUUUAGGCUAUUCAUGUUUCUGUCUCAAACUUUUUUU